AGGUCAAAAGACUGGCCGCGUAUUUGAAGGCGCGGGCGUUCGUACCCUUUCUCUGCCUACCUGGCCGAUCACGAUCUGGUUUACGACAAGUCACGAUGGCCGCCCUCGUAGCGGUGAUCUACUUGCUCCUCGCCCUGCUCCUACCUUCUUUUUCUUCUUCUUCUUAUUCUUCCUCUUCACGCGCCACUCGCGCCGCCCGAGCCAAGACCCCGCUCCUCUCAGUUGACUUCCCCGACCCCUGCAUCGUGCAGGACGCGUCCUCGGGGACGUGGUAUGCCUUCGCCACGGGCGGCUGGUGGACGCCGCCGCCGCCGCCGCCAACAGCGGCGCCCAACAACAACAACAACAGCAGCAGCGCCGACAACGCGACGGCGGCGACCCUGGAGGCCGCGGCCGCGGCGGUCUACAAGAACAUCCAGGCGGCGUCGGCGCCCCAUCCGGCGGGGCCGUGGACGUACCUCGCCUCGGCCGACCCGCUGCCCUCGGCCGGCGCGUGGGCGCUGUCCGGCCCCGACGCGCAGGUCUGGGCGCCCUCGGUGGCCCGGCUCAACGCGUCGGCGUACGUGCUGUACUACGCCGCGUUGCUGGCGCCGGGGUACGUGGGGAGCGCGGCAAAUGAGGGGAACUCCUCGUCAUCGUCAUCGUCAUCCUCAUCCUCAUCGUCAUCAUCGUCCUCGGCCUCGGCCUCGCGCCUGCACUGCAUCGGGGCAGCGACGUCGACGACGUCGUCGCCGCUGGGACCGUACCGGCCGCAGCGGGAGCCGGUCAUCUGCCCGGCCGGGGAGGGCGGGGCGAUCGACCCGGCCGGGUUCGCGGACCCGGCGACGGGGCGGCGGUACGUGGCGUACAAGGUGGACGGCAACGCGCUCGGGCGGGGCGGGGAGUGCAACAACGGGGUGGCGCCCUCGCGGCGGACGCCGCUCGUGCUGCAGGAAGUGGAAGUGGACGGCGCCGAGGGCGUCCGCCCGGUCGGGCCCGCCGCCGAGAUCCUCGACCGCGACGCCGACGCCGACGGCCCGCUCGUCGAGGCGCCCGACCUACUGUAUUUACCGCCUUCCAGGGACGCGGACGCGGACGCGGACGGGGAUGGGGGCAGGAGCCGGCCGGGGAGGUACGUGCUGUUUUACAGCAACCGCUGCUGGGACGGGCCCGGGUACAGCGUCAACUACGCGGUGGCGGAGGGGAGCAUCAUGGGGCCGUACAAGCGGGCGGCGGGGAGCGGCGAGGGCCCGCCCCUGAUCGGGACGGGGGACCGGUUCGACGUCACGGCUCCCGGGGGCGCGGCCAGCGUGCCGGGCGGGGACUGGCUGCUGUUUCACGGGAACUGUCCGCAGGGGAGGUGUCUGUUUGGGGCCGAGAUGGAGGUGGUGGGGGGUCGUGUCACUGUUUGGUGACGAACGGCUGCUGCAGCGCCUGGAGAAGAACCCCGUGGGGGGGAGGGGAAGAGGCCUCGCUCAGUGGUGCACCCCUCGACUUUCGUACCCUGUAUGCACACUUGGGGCUUCAUUCCGUAUAGUUAUUCUUCGUCUGUCUUCGUAACUGUCAGCGUGGGCGUGGGUGUAUUCAUAUCUUUCGCUGUUUCUUAGUGCUUGUGACAAGAAAUAAGAGAUUGGAACUGGAUG